GGCACGCCGUCUGCACCAGAAAGCCCUGGGCUUAGAGUCCCACUUACUAGUUGGCGUUGCCACUUACUGGUCGGUGGCUUUGGUAGGGCGCGUUUCUGAGCCUCAGUUUCCCCAUCUACAAAGCCGAAGUAAAUAGCGCUCUCCCUGCGGAAUUAGAAAUUUCGACACCGUGCUGCUCGCUCAGCAAGCGGAUCCUACCCGGCCCAGGGCAGUACCGCGGCGCCGAGUCACCCGCAAAGUCGCCGCAACUCAAACGAAUCGCAGCUGUGUGGUCAACCUUCCCCUCCCCGCCGCCGUCUUUCUCCCCAGACUGGCUUGGGGACGAGUAUCCAGGGCUGUCCCUGGCAGGGGCGCCUCCAGCGCCGGCGCCCCAGGUGUCCGCCCCGCCCUCCGCCCUGCCGGGAGUCCGACGGGUCUGUGCUCCCGGAGCUGGGCGGGCCGCAGCCCAUGUGGUUGGGGGGGGAGGCUCCGGGACCUGGCCAGCUGCCUGCCUGCCUGCCCGGGAGAGCCUGGCGCGAGCCAGCCGCCCUGCUCCCCGCGCGCUGCUUGGCGCCAUCAUCCAACCUUGCCCAGGCGCCCCGACCUGACGCCGCCCUGCUUCGUCGUCCCCCGGAGAGGGUCCGGUGUGACCCCGACAAGAAGCAGAAAUGGGGAAGAAACUGGAUCUUUCCAAGCUUACUGAUGAAGAGGCCCAGCAUGUCUUGGAAGUUGUUCAACGAGACUUUGACCUCCGAAGGAAAGAAGAGGAAAGACUAGAGGGGCUGAAGGGCAAGAUUAAGAAGGAAAGCUCCAAGAGGGAGCUGCUUUCCGACACUGCCCAUCUGAACGAGACCCACUGUGCCCACUGCCUGCAGCCCUACCGGCUGCUUGUGAACAGCAAAAGGCAGUGUCUGGAAUGCGGCCUCUUCACCUGCAAAAGCUGUGGCUGCAUCGACCCAGAGGAGCAGGCCUGGCUCUGUGACCCCUGCCAUCUGGCCAGAGUUGUGAAGAUCGGCUCACUGGAGUGGUACUAUGAGCACGUGAAAGCCCGCUUCAAGAGGUUCGGAAGUGCCAAAGUGAUCCAGUCCCUCCGUGGGCGGCUGCAGAGUGGAGCUGGGCCUGAGCCAAUUUCUGGAGAGAGAAGUGGAGACAGCGAGCAGACGGAUGAGGAUGGAGAACAGGACUCAGAGGCCCAGGUCCAGCCCUUUGGCAGCAAAAAAAAGCGCCUCCUCUCCAUCCACGAGUUCGACUUCGAGGGAGACUCAGAUGAUUCCAGUCAGCCUCAAGGUCACUCCCUGCACCUGCCCUCAGUCCCGGCGACCAUGGACAGCCUGCAGUCCCUCACAGAUGAGUCCUGCUCAGAGAAGGCAGUCCCCCAGAAGGCUGAGGGCCUGGAGGAGGCUGACGCUGGGGCCUCUGGGUGCCAUCCCCGUCCAGAAGAGCAGCCGACAUGCAUCUCGCCUUCUGGACACAGCGUCCUCACUGAGCUCUCCCUGCCUGGAGGCUCCCACGGGCUGGCCCUGGGGACUGCUGCUGCACUAGGGCCAAAUGUCAUCAGGAAGGAGCAGCUGCCCCCGCAGUACUUGGCCGACGUGGAUACCUCCGACGAGGAAAGCAUCUGGGCUCCCAUGGCGACCUCCCGUCAUUCCAAGCGGAGAGGCCGGGCGUCCUCUGACAGUCAGAUCUUUGAGCUGAAUAAGCGUAUUUCAGCUGUGGAACGCCUGCUGACCCACCUGGAGAACACAGUUGUGCCUCCCUUGGCCAAGAGUGUAGGUGCUGGAGUGCGCACGGAGGCCGACAUGGAGGAGGAGACCCUGAGGAGGAAGCUUGAGGAGCUGACCAGCAACGUCAGUGAUGAGGGGGCCUCGUCCGAGGAAGAGGACACCAAGGAUGAAAAGGCAGAGCCUGACACGGGCACCUCAGUUGGGACCCUCCGCCACACAGACUCAGAGGUUUCAGACAUUGAAUCCAGGAUUGCAGCCCUGAGGGCCGCUGGGCUCACAGUGAAGCCCUCGGGAAAACCCCGGAGGAGGUCAAACCUCCCGAUAUUUCUCCCUCGAGUGGCUGGGAAAGUUGGCAAGAGACCAGAGGAUCCAAAUGGAGACCCUUCGAAUGAGGCCAAGGCAACGGCUAUGCCCUAUCUUCUAAGAAGAAAGUUCAGUAACUCCCUGAAAAGUCAAGGCAAAGGUGAUGAUUCUUUUGAUCGGAAAUCAGUAUACCGAGGCUCCCUGACACAGAGGAACCCCAACGGGAGGAAAGGGAUGGCCAGCCACACCUUCGCGAAACCUGUGGUGGCGCACCAGCCCUAAAAGGAGACAGGACAGAGUGACAGAGCGGCCCUGCACUCUCAUCCCUCCACAACGGCCCUCCUGUCCCUCAUUGGCUCUGUGCUUUCCACUGUACACAGUCACCAUCCCAGUGAGAAACAAGAAGAAGCACCCCUCCACGUGGACUCCCACCUGCAAGAGGACAGCAGCAGUCAGUCCUGCAUGCUCACCUGGAUUUACUGAUGACUCCUGGCUGCGCCACCAGCCUCUUCUGAUCUGUGAGAAACAUCUGAGCUGUUGUGACUUCCCUUUAGGACAAUGUUGUGUAAACCUUUGAAGGACACACAGAAGACCGUUUUACUGUGAUCUUUUACCCUUUUCACUCUUAGCUUUCUUUUGUUGCUUUCAUGAAUGAAUGGCAAAAAGAUGACUCAUUUAAGGCAUCA